UAAUGAAGAUGGAAGGAGCUGAUGUUGAUGAAUUAUUGAGGAGAUUUAUGGAGUAGCGAAGUGAUAGCAAUUUACUCGUCUUGUCGGAACGAUCGAGGACAGUGAUACCAGGAAGUUGACUGAUAGCAUGCCCGUUGAGGUGACUCCACUGCAGAUGAGGGAACAUGUUGGCGAUGGACCAAGGAGUGGUGGAGGAAUGGCUCUCAGAAUUUAAGACCCUCCCUGAUAGUGCUGUGUCAAACUAUGCUGCCUCAAUAAAAGACAAAUCUGCCCUUGUCCCUGCGCUCUACAAGGUCAUCCGAGAGAACUACAGUGAUUUGCUGGAGCCCGUGUGUCACCAGUUAUUUGAGUUCUACCGAAGCAGCGAGACGCAGCUGCACCGUUUCACGCUACAGUUCCUGCCAGAGCUCCUGUGGAGCCUCCUGUCCGUCAGCGCAGCCAGAGACUCGCACACAUCCGGAUGCAUCGAUGCCCUGCUGCUGGGCAUUUACAACCUGGAAAUCGUUGAUAAAGAUGGAAAAAGUAAAGUAUUAUCUUUUACUGUCCCUUCCCUCUCCAAACCAUCAGUGUACCAUGAGCCCUCAGCUCUCGGCUCCAUUGCCCUUACAGAGGGGGCUCUAGCCAAUCACGGGCUGAGCAGGGUGGUGUACAGCGGGCCACACCUCCAGAGAGAGACCUUUACAGCACAAAACAGGUUUGACGUGCUGACCUUUCUGGUGCUGUGCUACAACGCUGCUCUAAGCUACAUGACUGCCCCCUCUCUCCAGUCCCUCUGCCAGUUCAGCUCAAGGGUGUGUAUAUGCGGUUACCCACGGCAACAGAUGCGCCGCUACAAAGGCAUUAGCACACGGCUGACAGUCACCUCAGAGUUCCUGGUUCAGCUCAUCACAGGGAUACACUACGCCUUGUGUAAUGGGGAGGUGGAGCUGGGAUCCAAAGCACUGGAUGACGUUUUGUAUCGGGCCCAGUUGGAGUUGUUUCCUGAAGCUCUAUUGGUCGGUAAUGCCAUCAAGUCGUCACUGCACGGCGCUGCACUGAAGAGCAACAACAAGGAGGGUGCACGGAGUAUCCAGGUGGAGAUCACACCCACCUCCUCCAGGAUCUCCCGAAAUGCUGUCACCUCCCUCUCUAUCAGGGGACAUCGCUGGAAGAGACACGAGUCCCAGGAGGUGAGUGUAGACACUGAUGCUGCAGUGGGGGGCGUGGCCGUCCCCGAGAUCAGUGUGACCGGUGUGAGCGGCGAGCGAAUGCCCAACGGAGAUUCCCUGCGGCCGCGCCCUGACGGCCGCGCUCAGCCCGACUGCGACCCGUUGGGCGCCUCCUCCGAGGUCAGCAUGGAUCCCCGUGGUCAUGAUUCCGGCACGCGGGGUCAGGAGGUCAGGAGGCAGAAGUCUGUGAGGCGAAUGGUGGAGAAUGAGGGUUCUGGGUCGGCCUCCACAGGGAGGAGCCAGUACUAAGGUCCAGCCCCUCCUUCCCACUGCCCCACUCCCGGGGUAACCUAGACGCAGUGGAUCUGGGUUCCCCGGAUGAGCUGAUGGAUAUUUCGGAGGUGGAUGAAGGGGUGUGGCCCGACAUGACCACACCCACCAUCA